AUGAGGACGCUAUUUCCGAUCUGUUGUCUCGUCCUCGUCACCGUGGGAGCAGACCGGGCGUGGACCGGCGGAAACCUGACGGUGGACGGCAGCACCGGGACCAACCUGACGGCCAACGGCAGCAGCAGCAGCAGGUACAUCCGGAUCGGGGACGGAUCGUCGCAGGAAUUUGAGUUCCCCGAAAACACGGACGGCGUCAUCGUCAUCUCCAGCCGGUACCGGAGCCCCGCGGCCGGCAGGAAGGGCCGCCAGAGCCGGAAGCAGACGGUGAGAGUCCGCUCCCUGGACCCGGAGGUCCUCUCCAUCCUCAACGUGACGGACAGCGGGACAAACCCCCGGAGCUACACCAUCAGCAUCCGCUCCGGGUUUUCGGGCAGGGCGCAGCUGCACAUCCAGCUGCUGGACCUGGACCAGGACUCCAUGCCGGUUCUGAUCGAGGAGAGGACGGAUUACUCCAUCAAAGUGGCGCCCGGUCAGGAGGAGGACCCGGCCGGCCGGCUCGUCCAGUCGUCCGGGGGUCUGUCUCACUUCUCUGAGAACCCCGUGCUCUUUGCCUUGCUGCCCCUCAUCUUCGUCAACAAGUGUGCCUUCGGGUGCAAGGUGGAGGUGGAGGUGCUGCGGGGGCUGCUGCGGAGGCCCGUGCCCCUGCUCCUGGGGGUGCUGGGCCAGUUCCUGGUGAUGCCCCUGUACGCCUACUGCGUGUCCCGGCUGGCCUCCCUGCCCACCACGCUCUCCCUGGGCCUGGUCAUCACCUGCUCGGCGCCGGGGGGCGGCGGCGGCUACCUGUACAGCCUCCUGCUGGGGGGGGACGUCACCCUGGCCAUCUCCAUGACGCUGGUGUCCACGGUGGUGGCCACCGCGGCCAUGCCCCUGUCCUCGGCCCUGUACGGCCGGCUGCUGGGCGUGCACGCCGCCCUGCACGUGCCCUUCGUGAAGAUCCUGGGCACCCUCCUGUUCAUCGCCAUCCCCAUCUCGCUGGGCAUGCUGGUCAAGCUCCGGCUGCCCGCCCUCACGCGCGUCCUGCUGGUGCUCAUCCGCCCCUUCAGCCUGGUGCUCAUGAUCGGCGGGAUCUUCAUGGCCUACCAAAUGGGCGCGUCCAUCCUGGCCAACGUGGAGCCCCAGAUCGUGGCGGUGGGGGUGACGGUGCCUUUGCUGGGCCUGGUGGUGGGGGCCGUCCUGGCCCAGCUGGCGGGCCUGGCCCCGCCGCAGAGGAAGACGGUCAGCAUCGAGGUGGGCGUCCAGAACAGCCUGCUGGCUCUGGCCGUCAUGCAGCUGUCCUUCCAGCGGCUGGAGGCGGACUUUGCCUCCCAGGCGCCCUUCAUCGUGGCCCUCAGCAGCACCUCGGAGAUGCUGCUCAUCGUGUUGGGGUCCUUCCUCCAGCGGCGGUUCUGUGGCUCCGCCGUCCUCAGGAGUGACGCCUGA